AUGUUCAACACUGAGAAGCAAGGUCUCUGCCCUCCCUCUGCGGACCCAAGAAUCUCCUUCUCAAAUGAUUUUGCAGACAUUCAACAACCUUCCAAGCAUGAUAACAUCUACAGAGAAGCUCCGGUUUCCUCAGACUUCGAAUUCUCUGUCAAAAACUACACCAUGGCACCCGCAGAUGAGGUAUUCUUUCAGGGAAUGCUAUUGCCAGUGAAGAAUAGUUGCACCAAUAACCAGCAGCGAAAGAUGACUUUAAGAGAUGAACUCUCAGUUGAUGAUGAUUUUGAGAAUGUGUUUCCAAGGAUAUCAAAGAAUGGAAGCCGUUGGAGAGAGCGGCUCGGCCUCAAAAAGGGUAUCUCUGCAUCUAAAAAAUGUGACAAGAGUGGUGGUAUGCUGGAAAGUGUAGUUGAAGAGAAGAGCAAUAUGUUUGUUCAUGAGGACAGCUUUGUUGGCAAGAAAACCCAGGAACUAUUUUUUGAGGCCUUGAAGGAGGGUUAAGCUGCAAUGUUAAACAGAAUAUGAUGCAACCAAUAACAAGGAUUGAAGUAAAAAAAGGAUGUACUAAAGAGAUAGCAAUGGCAAUUUUCAAGGGAAGGGGAUUGAUUGUCUUAUAGUUAGCUAAUAUUGUGAAGG